AUGGCUCCUAGUGCGAAGUUGCUCUCUUUCUUCUUCUUCCUAUCUCUCCUCCUGUCUCAACAGGUUCAAGCUCGAAGCUUCUUCUUCAGCAAAGUAGCCAAUGUGGACAACCACAACACUGAAGAGCUCCCAAACAAGGAGAGCACUGUUGUGACCAAGCAAGAGCAAGAACCAACCUUCAUCCCCCAAACCCAAAACGGCUAUGGUCUCUAUGGCCACGACUCCACCGAGCUGCCUCCCUCUACCGCAACCACAACCACGACCGAUGCCGUGCCAUACUCCACCACCCCCACCAACACUGAACAUUACACCACCGCCGCCACCACAAGAAAUGAUGAACCAUAUACCACCCCCACUACUACCUCCAACGAUAACAUUCCAUACACACACUACAACCCCAACAAGAACAGCAACUACUACAACAACAAGUACGAGACCAACCAAAAUGGGAUGAGUGACACAAGGCUUACGCAGCAGAGAGGCUACACUACCACCCCAACGAGCCAAAACAGCAACAGCAACAACUACUACAACGGUGAGAGGCAAGGCAUGAGUGACACAAGGUUUACACAGCAGAGAGGUCACACUACUACUACCCCUACCACUCAAAACAGCAACAGCAACAACUACUACAACGCUGAGAGGCAAGGCAUGAGUGACACAAGGUUCUUGGAGAAUGGUAAGUACUACUACGACCUCAACACCGAGAACAACUACAAUCAGAACCAGUACAGGAACUCCCAGGUGCUCGAUUCAAGAAACUGGUACAACAACAACAACAACAACAAUAACAACAAGCGUUACUAUGGCAGCAACAAUGGAAACCAGAACACCUAUGAGAACAACGAUGUGUACCAGAACGAGGAGUUCCAAGAGAACGAAGACGACCAGUUCGUGCCAUGA